AUGUCGGCCGUCUACGCCAACGGCGCGAAUGGCGUAAAUGGCGCAGGCAAAAUGUUCCCGCCGCCGCGAUACUCGGACGUGCCCAAUGCCAUCACCAUCUCGGUCGCCGAUGAAGAAGGUGGCCAGCUCGAUGUCGAAGUUCCGCUCGACGAGGACAUUCAGGACGAUCCAACGGAGCUAUGCGCCAUCCUCGAAAAUGAGAAGAGCUUGACGUCAACAUGGGUGCAGGUCGCCGUGGCCUAUGCGAAACAGAAGAAGGUCGACGUCGCCAUUGACGUGCUCAAGCAGGCCAUUGGCGUGUUUGGGCGUGCGCGCGCAGAGGAGCGGCUCAGCAUCCUCAACGGGCUCUGCUGGCUGUAUCUGCUCAAGUGUCGCGAGGCGCCGCGCGUGAAGUCAGACGACCCCAACAUCAAAACCAAGGACGCGUACAUCCAGGAAGCCACCGGUGUUCUCAACGAAGCCUCCCGCAUCAGCCCGUCGCAUCCCCCACUGUUUCUUGCUCGCGGCGUCCUCUACCUCCUGCGAGCCUCUCUGCAGUCUCCGGCUACCACCGCUGGACCAAACGCCGUCAGCGUGGAGCGCGCCGAGACCCUGAAGCAGGCGGCCAAGUGCUUUGACGAUGCACUGAGGGCGUCGGGCGGUAGGAAUCUCAUGGCGAAGAUGGGCAGAGCGCGUGUCAGCUACUCCCUGGGCAAGUGGGCUGAGGCUCUGAAGGGUUACCAGAGUGUCCUAGAGAGCUCGCCCGAUCUCAUCGACCCAGACCCUCGCAUUGGCAUUGGCAGCUGCUUCUGGCAUCUUGGCUUCAAGGACGAUGCUGCCGGUGCAUGGCAGCGAUCGCUGGACCUCAACCCAAAGUCCAAGAUCGCCCUCAUCCUGCUCGCCCAGUACAACCUUCACCUUUCGUCGCAACACCCCCCACAGCAUCCAGACUUUGCCAAGUUCUACAAGAAGACCGUCGACUACAUCAUGUCUGCUUUGCGGCUGGACAAGAACUACCCCUUGACUUGCGCUAGCGUGGGCGGUUACUUUGUAAUGAGGAAGGACUGGCAGAAGGCGCAGACGGUCGCGAGGCGUGCUAUUGACCUCACAGACGUGAACGCCAUUGCAAGUGACGGAUGGUACCAUCUGGCACGCAAGGCUCACGCCGAGGGUGAUCUGGCAGAGGCCUCAACCUGCUACGGCAGAUCCGACCAGGCGCGCGGCGGAGAGGAGCGAGGCUACAUUCCGGCCAAGUUCGGAUCCGCGCAGAUGAAUGUUCUACAGCUCAACUACAGCGGUGCAAAGUUUCGUCUCGAGAAGAUCAUCCAACAGUCGCCCAAUAUCGAAGCGCAGACUCUCCUUGGCACGCUCUGGGCAGAAGAUGUAUUCGCAGCGCAAAACAGCGGUUCCACCGAGGACAAAUCAGCCGAACUGCAGAAGGCUAUCAAGCACCUCGACGAUGUUCAGAAGGCAUGGCGAGACCCCAAGAAGAAGGCUACCCCGGACCAGUCUGUGCUUUUGAACUUGGCCCGACUUUACGAAACAGAAAAGCCCGAGAAGAGUCUAAAGUGUCUUGAGGAGGUCGAGAAAAUGGAGCUUGAAGCAAUUCCCGAGGAAGACUAUCCAGAGCUGGAAGAUGAGCACGAGAUUAAAGCUGCGUUGCGCGAAUUGCUACCGCCGCAGUUACUAAACAACAUGGCUUGCUUCCAUUUCCAGGCUGAGCGUUACACACGCGCAAGAGAGCUUUUUGAAGCUGCGCUUAAUGCCUGUGUCAAGGCGGAAGCUCGCGACGAGUCAAUCGACACUGAUGCUUUGGUUACUUCUAUCAGCUUCAACCUGGGUCGAUGCUAUGAGGCCGAGAACAACCUGGACCAAGCUAAGAACGUUUACGAGAAUCUUCUCAAGCGACAUGCAGACUACAUCGAUGCCCGCCUUCGAUUGGCAUAUAUUGCCAUUAUUCAAAGUCCCAACGAGCUCGGUCUGAAAGCAAUUAAAGACCUAUUCAGAGAGAACGAGGACAACGUCGAGGUACGAGCUCUCUACGGCUGGUUCCUCCAUAAGACCAAGCGGAAGAUGCAGAACAUUGCGGCAGACGAAGAACAGCGCCUCUACAAGCACACUCUGCAAAAAUUCGACAAGCACGACCAGUACUCCCUCACUGGUUUGGGAAACCUCCAUUUGGCCAUGGCAAGAGAAAUGCCACGAAGCUCCGAGCAGGAGAAGAUGAAGCGCCAGAAAAGCUACGAAACGGCUGUUGCGUUCUUCGACAAGGUGCUCCAGCUGGACAAAACCAAUGCAUACGCUGCCCAAGGCAUUGCUAUCGCCAUGGUGGAGGACAAGAAGGAUUCCGGGACUGCGCUACAAAUCUUCAACAAAGUCAGGGAGACUAUCAAGGACUACAGCGUAUACAUGAACCUUGGCCACACGUAUUGCGAGAUGAAACAAUUUGCUCGCGCCAUCGAGAACGUAAAUUCGUACCGCACAGCACUCGACUACUCUCAGCAGGCUCUCAAGAUAUCUCCUUCGGAGCCGAACUUUCAGUUCAAUGUCGCCUUCAUGCACUUCCAGAUUGCGCAGGCAAUCAUCAACGUUCCGGAAUCCCAACGCACCUUGCAGCAAGUCGAUGAUGCCAUGGCCGGUCUAGCAGAAGCCAUCGAUACUCUGGACCAGAUCGCAAAAGCUGAAGUAACACCAUUUCCACGAACAGACAUCACAUCCCGUGCCAACAUGGGACGUAACACAAUGGUCAAGCAAUUGGAGCGUGCACGCGAAAAGCAAGUGGUGUACGAAGAGGAGAACAAGGGCAAGCUUGAGCAGGCAAGGAAGCUGCGUGAAGAAGAGAUCCGCCGUCGUGACGAGGCCAAGCAACAGGCAGAGCAAGCGACACAAGAUCGGAGACGCAAGAUCAUCGAAGAGCAGGAGCGUAUUGCGGCACGUGAUCGUGAGCUCAUGGAGAAACGAGCUGAAGAGGAGCGGAGACGCAUGGAGGAAGACGAAGAUAAGGAGCUGCGAAAGGCAGAACGCAAAGCCCGUGGCCCUAAGCAGCCCAAGCGCAAGAAGAAGGAUGCCGACUCGGACACUGAGGGUGUUGCAUCUGACUCUGAUGCUGCCGAGCCACGAUCCCGUCGACGACGGACCACAGCUUCUGGUACAGAGGGCCUGUCUGACGAGGAGCGCCCACGGGAGAAGAAGAAGAGGAAGCUUGCGAGGAAGAGCGAGCCAUCAGGCAAAUACAAGUCUGCAGAAUUCGUGGACGACGACAGUGAUGGUGAUGCGGAAGCUGCAGCUGGUACCGACGCGCAACUCGCAAGUGAUGACGAAGGCGCAGCAGCGGCACCCCGCGCUCGCAAGGGUCGCGUCGUUGACGACGAGGACGAAGACGACGAGGAUGGCAUUGCCGCGCCAAAGGCAAACGGUGAUUCGGCCAUGGAUGAGGACGAGGACGAGUAG